AGUAGGGAAUGGCAAAGGCAGGAAGGACGUGACGCAUUUAUUCUCUUUCAAUGAACGCUGCGAAGAAGACGGCGGAAGUAGCAGCUCGUUUUCCACUUGUUACCGUCUGCGUUUUUGUUUUCGUGCUCCAUGCACGGACAUAUAUAUCAGUAGGCCAUAUAUACUUGCGGGACUCAAUCGUGAACGCUAGCAGCGUGCACGCGCUUUAUAUCACGUGACCCCCAACCCUCCGGCCCCAAGGCGGAAGUCUUGAAUCGUGACCAUUCACUGCGCGCGCGAGCGAGACCCGGCCGCGCGAACGCGAUCGGGAUCUUGUGGAAGCAAAUUGGGCGGGACCCACGCCGGCUUGCGACGUCACAGCUCGAAGGUACCCUCGUGGACCCAAACGCGCUCGUGUUGAACUGUCGGGCUUCGAACGCGGUGGGCAUGGACGUUUAAUACUUUUGUUAAAAACGUCAUGCGUGACAUGACGUGACGUGAUGUUUGUGACGUGACGUGACGUGACGCGAAGCAUGGCGGACGGCAGUCCGGCUCGAGCGGAAUCUGUGGACAGUAGCCGGAACGUGACGGAGAGUCCGCCGGGGACCAAGAAACGCCAGCAGGAGUCUUGCGCUCUUGGUCACAGCUUCAAAAGGGUGACGCUCACCAAGCCCACUUUCUGCCACCACUGCAGCGACUUCCUGUGGGGGCUGCUCGGCUUCCUGUGUGAAGUGUGCAACUUGAUGUGUCACGAGAAAUGUCUGAAGACGCUUCGCUCGCUGUGCUCCAGCAUGGCGCCCUCUGCCGUACGGAUCCCCGUGGCCCACUGCUUCGGUCCGGACACUCACAAGAGGCGCAUGUGCUGCGUCUGCAGGAAGCAGACGGAGGGAAACGGCGCUCUCCGUUGCGAAGUGUGCGAGCUGCACGUGCACGCCGACUGCGCCGCCUUCACGUGCGCCGACUGCCGCUUUUGUCACGUGGACGGCACUCGGCAGCAGGACACGUUUCACCACCACUGGCGGGAGGGCAACCUGGCGUCGGGCGCGCGUUGCCAGCUGUGCCGGCGCUCCUGCGGCUCAUCCGACGUUCUGGCGGGGAUGAGGUGCGAGUGGUGCGGCGUCACGUGUCACGCGGCGUGCUAUCUCAGGGUAGCGCCGCAGUGCACCCUGGGCCGUCUGCGCCGCAUGCUGCUGCAUCCCUCCUGCGUGCGCCUCCAAUCUAGAAACUUCAGCAAGCAUCACUGCUUCCGCAUCACGGAGACUGGCGGCCACGAGCUGGAUGACUGCGAUGGCGUGGACACGUCCGCUCUGGCGUCUAAAGACGGUCAACCGGCAACGCCCGAGCAUGGCAAACAGUUUCUUAAGGUCUAUGACGGCGACGACGGCCUCAGGCGCGGUCACUUCCGUCUCGUCUCCAUCGUCAGAGCCACCAGGAACCAGGAAGUUCUGGAGGCGGCGUUGCGGGCCUUCUACCUGCCAGACGACCCUCAGCAUUUCCAGCUGCAGGAGGUGGGCGGACUUGAGCGUCUCCAUAGCGACGAUGUCCUGAACCGGAACAGCGGCUCGCUGAAAGACGGAGGUGACGCCUGGAUGCUGAGGGCCAAACGGGGCAACGCUGAGGUCAUCAAAGUGUACGGCGGCGUCACCAGCCCCAGAUCGGAUCACGUCAGCGUGUCUGUGUCUGAGGACAGCACGGCGGCAUCUGUCCUCACCGAGGCCCUCGAGCAGCUGGAGCUUAAUAAAGACGGCGUGACACAAUUUGACUUGCAGGAAGUACUCAUGAGCAGCAAACAAGUGCAGAAGCAAACGCUGACACCGCAGCAGAACAUUCUGGCCAAACUGCAUGACAUCAGGAAGACGUCUUUGUGGCAGAUGAACCAGACACGCUUCUAUGUGGCGGAGAGGCGGAGCCAAACGGUGCAGGUGAGCCUGCUGAUUGGAGGGAUGCCACCCCUGCUGUCCAAAGAGCAGUACUGGAAGCUCGUGCAGGAACAGCUGAGCGCUAAGAGUCACCUGGCGGACAUCAGCCACGUGUAUGCAAGUCAAGGUGCGGUGGCGUUGAAAUUGUCAUGUUUCGCUGAAGCCGAGCGCGUGUUCAUGUUGGCCAAAGACGUGACCAUCAAUGACAAGUCGCUCACGUCACUCGUCAUCCCGGACAUCCAGCUCAGCCUGCUGGGUGACGACGUGCGCCCCCUGCUGGUGUUUGUCAACACAAAGAGCGGCGGCCUGAAAGGCAAAGAUCUUCUGUAUGCCUUCCGCAAGAUUCUCAACCCGCACCAAGUCUUUGACCUCUCCAAUGGAGGACCGCUGCCAGGCCUCCACACUUUCCGAGACAUUCCCAGCUUCCGCGUGUUGGUGUGCGGGGGUGACGGCACAGUGGGCUGGGUGCUCGGCGUACUGGAGGCACUGCGGCACCAGCUGGCCUGCCGAGAGCCGCCCGUUGGCAUCGUGCCUCUUGGAACAGGUAACGACUUGUCCCGUGUCCUGCGCUGGGGCCCUGGCUACAGCGGUGAAGACCCGUCUCACAUUCUGGCCUGCGUGGACGAGGCGGACGAGGUUCUGAUGGACCGCUGGACCAUCCUGCUGGACGCGCAGGACCUUGCCGAGAACUGCGCCGACGCCAUCCUGGAAGCACCCAAGAUUGUCCACAUGAACAACUACUUCGGAGUGGGCAUUGACGCCGAGCUGAGCCUCGACUUCCACCAGGCCCGUGAAGACGACCCGGAAAAGUUUACCAGCAGGUUCCACAACAAGGGCGUGUACGUCAAGGUGGGCCUGCAGAAGAUCAGCGCCACCCGCAGUCUGCACAGGGAACUGCAGCUGCACGUAGAUGGGCGCCAAGUUGCACUGCCCAACAUCGAAGGCCUCAUCUUCCUCAACAUUCCCAGCUGGGGCUCGGGCGCCGACCUGUGGGGGUCCGAUGCGGACACCCGCUACAACAAACAAAGCGUGGAUGACGGCCUGCUGGAGGUGGUGGGCGUCACCGGCGUCGUUCACAUGGGUCAGGUGCAGAGCGGCCUGCGCUCCGGCAUUCGGAUCGCCCAGGGGACUUACAUGCGCAUAGCGCUCAGGAAAGCUUUCCCCGUGCAGGUGGACGGAGAGCCGUGGCUGCAACCUCCAGGACACAUCAUCAUCUCCGCUGCUGGACCCAAGGUGCGUAUGCUGAGGAAGUCCAAACACAAACACAGGAAGUCGGCGGGCGGCGCCAAGGACGGGCACCCGGAAAGCUCCGCCUCCUCGGCUGGCGUCCCACUGUGAUGUCAGAUUGCAACGCCAAGGUAAAAAAAAAAAAAAAACAAAAAAACAAUGACGACGUCGCUUUGGAUACGCUGGAAACGCUCACCACAAACUCUGUUGUAAAGGAGCGCUUGCCAUGGUGACCGACUACUCAGACAUUUGGAUGUUGUUGUCAUGACAACGUGUUUGGUUCAUCCUAACGUAGCUUUGCUGAUGUUGUGCUAAUUAUUUUUUUAAAUUUAAAAAAAGUUCUUCAUGUGUGAAGUCAGAAAUGGUGUAAGACAAGAUGUUUUUAUUUUGUAAAAUGUUUACUUGAAAAUGUCGACUCGCAGUGAUUCUCAGACUGGGGUCCUCAGACAAAAUCAUGUCAAUAAGUAAUUGCAUUUUAAAAAUGUUCAUCCAGCGAACCCUGCAUAUUCGCCUUUCAGCACACUUGAAUUCACCAAUUUCUCGAUUUGUUUUUAUCUCUUAUUUUCUUUUAUUUUUUUAGGAGUCAUGCUUUAUUUUUUUGUGGAAAAGUAUUGGGUGUUAUAUUUAAGAAUUUUGGCGCGGUUAUUUUUUUAAAUUGUAUUUUGCUAUUAUGUGGAUGUCAAUGACACACAUAUUUUGGUGCUUUGCACCCCCUGAUGGGUACCAGCCGGCCCACAAACAAGACAGGUUAAGCAAGGACGCUUCCCUACUUUCAC